UGUCACAGUGUUUUGUCGUCUAUUUGUUUUGAUUUUCGUCAUCUGUGGUUUUGAGGGAGUUUUCGGGCAGAUCAAAAGUCCAGACACUCUCCAGAGCAUCGUCGAAGCAAUCAGUGGUCAUCGCGUAAUGCCAGACCCAUGGCGGAAGAGCAGCAAUCCGUGAACUGUGACGAAGGUUACGACUCCAGGAACUCGACGCUCAGCAAGAGGUCCGAGAAGAGGACGAAUGGCCUGGAGGUCGAGUCUGGCGAGAUGGAGGCAGUGAAGCCAAAAUGUCAGGAGUGCGAGGAGAGACGCUCAGAUGAGCCUGUAAAGCUGAGUUUUGAGAAAUUUCCGGAGAAUCGAGAGGAGCAGGAGAAGAGGUCACAGAUUGAGGAGGCACUGUCGGACCCCAACUCAGACUUGGAGACGUGGCGACAGUUUGCAUUGUCGGAGUAUGGGCUGAUAAAUGAUGAUCUCCGGAAGAAGGUGUGGCCGUUGCUGGUGAACAUCGAUCCUAAUAAUGUGGAGCCAGCGCCCAGCUUGGAUGAACUUAAGUCCCAUCCGGAGUACAAUCAAGUCAUCCUUGACGUUAACAGAUCUCUCAAGAGAUUCCCGCCGGGAAUCCCGUAUGAGCAGCGAAUCGCGCUGCAGGAUCAGCUCACGGUGCUCAUCCUGCGAGUCAUCAUCAAGUAUCCGCAUUUAAAGUACUACCAAGGCUAUCACGAUGUGGCCAUCACAUUUCUCCUGGUCGUGGGCGAGGACGUGGCGUUCCACGUGAUGGAGAUCCUGUCCACGAACCACCUCGUGGAGUGCAUGCAGGAGACGAUGGAGCCCACGCAGCAGCGCCUCCUCUUCCUCUAUCCCAUCGUCCGCGGCGAGAAUCGCGCUCUGCACGAUUUCCUAGAGCGCUCCUGUGUCGGCACGCUGUUCGCCCUGCCGUGGUAUCUCACGUGGUUCGGACACAGCCUCAAUCAAUAUCGCGCCGUGGUGCGACUGUACGAUUACUUCCUGGCGUCGCCCUUCCUCCUGCCCAUCUACGUCACGGCGGCCAUCGUGCUGCACCGCGAGGACGAGAUCUUCCGCGAGGACUGCGACAUGGCCAGCAUCCACUGCCUCCUGUCGCAGCUGCCCGACGAUCUGCCCUUCGAGUACCUGCUGCAGCGCGCCCAGAAGCUCUACGCGCGAUAUCCGCCAGACGAGGUGGAGGAGCAGGUUCAUGUGAUGCAGGAGCGCGAGAAGCUGCGCCGCGCCGAAGAGGAGGAGCGCAUGCGACGCCGUCGCGCGGCCAUGCAGAGGAAGAGGGAUCGUGAGGCGUCCAUUGGCUUCCUGAAUCGCCUGCUGCCGCACACGCUGGUGAAUCGGCGCAUCGUCCUCGUCACCACGGCGUUCUCCAUCCUCGUCGGCAUCUGUGCGUACUACUACAAGGCCCAACUGCCGCCGCACUUCCGGGCGCUGCCCUAGGCCCUUUCCAGCUGUAAGUAUUCUCGAACAGCGCGCGCAGCGAAGAGUGAUUGAGUAUUUGGAUCUGUCGGAGUGUCUCUGAACUCGGGCGCGCCUUUCUGACCGCGGAGAAUCUUGCAAAUGAUGUGCCAUUGAACGUGUAAAGAGGCAACUUCUGCGGAUGGAAAAGCGGCUGAGCUGAAGAGAUUCUGAUAAGAGAGAUAUUUUAGCCGGCAAGAAGGCAUAAAUAAAAUUAGACACACAUUUGUUGAUGAUUUAAUUUUACUGGGUGAUCGAAUGUAGAUAUAAAUAAUUGUUGUAUUGCAAUAAGAAUUGAGGGGUGAAAUGACGAUGAGUGGAUCCACUAAAAGGCUAUGGAAAGAAAGCCAUCAAUUGUUGCUCAUAACAUGAAAUCCUCGCUGACACUCACGACAUCCUGUAAUUAAUUUAUUUCCAAAGAUUUAUGGAGGUAUUUUCUGUGCUUUUUUUCUAGAAAUCAUUUACAAUGUAACAAUCACAACUAUUAUUAGCAUGAAUAAGACAAGGAGGCAGAAAGAUUUUUGGUAGAACACUUUCUUUGCAGAUGACAGAAAAUGUGUAAAGUUUGAAUCUACGUGCAAGAAAAGUUAUGAAAUUAGGAUUACGCAAAAUUAAAUAUAAUCAGCCCUGAAUUAUUGUGAGGAAUAAAAUCAAUAAACA